AACGCUGCCAAAAGAGACUCGGAUCAUUAUGGCCCUUUAGUUCAUCAAACGCGACCCUUCGUUAAUGUCAGGACACGAUCCCAAAAGAUUAAAUAACGCCCAGGGUAAGAGCACCCAAACCGCAGCUGACCGCAAGUUAGAGACCUGGAGAGUUUGAGUAAUCCAUAUCACAACGGACAACUUCGAUACUCGAUACAUUGCUUGAGGCAUGCUAUGGGCAUGCGAAACCCCCCAUUGACCCUGAGUCUCUCGGACUCCCCUUGAAAUGCUCUGAUAGAGUGUGCCUGACGCGGCUACGUACAGUCCCCAAGGCCGCCAGGUAACUCAUCCAUUGAGCCUGGGGAAGAAUGAUGCGUACGGGGUUCCCCUAGGACCGUGCCCCGACCGAAGCAUCGACCUACCGGCUUACAGUUUUGUUUUAAUCCGUCCCCGGCAAACUCCACGACCGUGGCCGCUACGUCGACUAUCUACAAGACUCAUGACGUGGAUAAAAGCAAGAAGCCUCUUUCCCCAAAUCAAUCAGAGCUCUGUUGCAAGAGGCUUUUUCCAGUUGUCUGAAACAAAAGCGGUACAACAAUCAUGGUUUGUAAAGUGACCACUUUGAUCCGCCGCAAAGAAGGCAUCAGCGAGGAGGAAUUCCACCACUACUGGUCAGGACCACAUGCCCGCGUGAUCCUUGCACACCCUCUGGCGAAAGAGAAGAUCAUCGAGUACAGCCAGUAUCACACCCAAAAGACGGAACUCGCCAAGAUCCAAGGCCUCCCUGCUGCCGCCGUUGGCGAUGAAUGGGAUGGUAUGGUCACUAUAACGGUGGAGAAAAUUGAGGAUUUCAAUGAAAUGCAUGCACAUCCUUACUAUGCGGAAUUCAUCACUCCGGACGAAUUGAGAUUCGGCGAUCCCGCAAAGGUUCUCGUCAUGGUCGGGUACGACGAGCCCAAGAUCGUAGAUCGUAAAGUCGUACGGGGGGUGACAGCAUAAAUUCCAGAUACCACAGCAUUCACAGCAUGAAGGGAUCGGUCCAAAUGAUCCGGACGAGGCUUCGGUGCGGAUAGGGGGUUUCUGCUUGCUAACCUCACCACGAAGAGGACAAGGACUUUGAGGUUGGGUCAAGUGUGAAGUUG